UGGCAGCAGCAUAUAACAUCACCCCCCUUGUAUAUCAGGAUAUUACUAAGACUCUGCUGAACCACUCUUAAACGAAGAUGUGUUGCUGCCGUUUCAAUAGAUGGUACAAAUGAUUAACCUGCUGGCUAUGUGAAUACAUGUAGCAGAACUGCUGAUCAUGACAAGAGGACUGUACUAACAAGCUCUGUUAAAAAAAGGAUUCAACAGCUACAGAAUGCAGAACCUCAGGCAAGCUGCAUCAGAUGCUUUCAACCGUUUAGGUCUGAAGCAGAGACACCUGGGCUAUGAGGAGCUGACUGACCUCACCGAUUCUGCAUUUCCUUCAGAGGAGAUCCAGCCCCAUUGGUUCCACACCCUACAGGUCAGGAGGUUGACAGUUCAAAGGUCAAGGAGCAACAGUGACCCAUUGGGAAGAAAGAGCUUCGAAGAAGGAUUCCAAUGGAGAACUGGCCUCCAGUUUGGGACAGCCACCUCCUACCUGAACCUGGAGAAGCUGGGAGAGGGUUCCUACGCCACUGUUUAUAAAGGGAUCAGCCGGAUAAAUGGACACCUUGUUGCUUUAAAAGUGAUUAGGAUGAAGACAGAAGAAGGCGUGCCAUUCACAGCUAUUAGAGAAGCCUCAUUGCUUAAGGGCCUGAAACAUGCCAAUAUUGUCCUUCUCCAUGACAUCAUUCACACAAGAGAGACCCUGACAUUUGUUUUUGAGUAUGUGCAAACUGAUCUAGCACAAUAUAUGAUUCAGCACCCUGGGGGCCUGCAUUCAUACAAUGUAAAGGUCUUACUGUUUCAAUUGCUGAGGGGUCUGUCAUAUAUCCACCGCCAGAGGAUUCUGCACCGAGACCUCAAACCGCAGAACCUGCUGAUCAGCUACCUGGGGGAGCUCAAGCUUGCAGAUUUUGGUUUGGCCCGGGCCAAGUCUAUCCCCAGUCAAACCUACUCCUCAGAGGUGGUGACGCUGUGGUACCGGCCCCCUGAUGUUCUUCUAGGAGCCACGGACUACUCCACCGGACUGGACAUGUGGGGUGUGGGCUGUAUAUUUAUCGAGAUGCUACAAGGAUCCCCUGCUUUCCCUGGUGUCACAGAUAUCGUUGAACAACUGCAGAAGAUCUGGGCAGUAUUAGGGGUUCCUACUGAGGAAACCUGGCCUGGAGUUACUGAACUGCCAAACUACAAACCAGAAUGGUUUCUGCCCUGUCAGCCUAGAAUGCUCCAGAAUGUUUGGGAAAGAUGGAAGGCAAACGCGAGGCAUCUUAGAUAUGACAAAGGAAACUUGGGAGGCAAUCUGCGAGGAAAAAUGUGGUCAACUACAUCAUACAACUACAGGAAAGAAUCAAACAGUGUGCCAGGAAGAACGACAGUCAUACAACACAAAAUAGUGACCCCACCUGGAGUAAAAGUGAAAGUUCGGCCAUACACGAUCCCAGAGGCAAAACGGGAAGACAUGAACAAAGAAGUCGAAAAUAUGUUGAAGAUAGACGUCAUUGAGGAAUCUUCAAGUCCCAGGAGAAGCCCUAUUGUGAUGGUGGCCAAGCCUAACGGGACUUGGAAAUUCUGGAAUGAUUUUGGCAGCUAAAUCUGGUGUCUAAAUUUGAUGCUUACCCGAUGCCUCGGGUUGAUGAACUAAUUGAGAGGUUAGGCACAGCUAAAUGUUUGACCAUGUUAGAUUUGACAAAUGGUUAUUGGCAAAUUCCAUUAAGUCCUGAGUCCAAAGACUCAGGACAGCAUUUUCAACACCUAGUGGUUUGUAUCAAUAUAAAGUUAUGCCAAUCAGUUUACAUGGAAGUCCGGCUUCAUUUCAGAGAUUAAUGGAUAAAGUAUUAAGACAGCAUGCAGAGAAUGCUUCUGCAUACAUUAAUGACAUAGUCAUUUUUUCAGAUGAUUGGGUGGAUAACUUAAGGAAAGUUGAAGCUGUCUUACAAAGUUUGAGGGAAGCGUCAUUAACAUCAAAUCUAGAAAACUGUUUUGUAGGACUAACAGAGACCAAAUAUUUGGGAUAUGUGGUUGGGGUUGGCGUAGUAAAACCACAUAUAAAUAAGAUUGAUGCAAUAAAGAACUGACCGGUAGCUCCAAAUAAGAAGCAAGUAAGGAUUUUCUUAGGGUUAGCUAGUUAUUAUAGACGAUUUGUUCCAGAGUUUUCAUCAAUUGCAGCCUCCCUGACAGAUUUAAUAAAGAGAGCUGCCUCAAAUACAGUAAAGUGGAGUGUUGCGGCAGAAAAAGCAUUUGGAAAAAUGAAAGACAUAUUGUGCAGUGAUCCAGUGUUAAGUGUGCCUGGUUUUUCCAAAGCUUUUAUCGUGCAGACAGACGUGGGGGUAGGCGCAGUGUUCUCUUAAAUGGUUAACGAUGAGGAACACCCUAUAAUGUACCCAAGUUGAAAACUGCUACCGAGGAAGGUACAAUAUAUGUACAGGGUAGUAGUCACAUACUGGUAGUAUUGUAUUUUUAAAUGGAAAUGAACGUGUAUGUAAUGAGAAGGUGUCACAUGACAGGAACAGCAGGAAUUCUGGGACAUCUAAACCAGUAACUGGUAGGGAAAGGGGAGGUGAAAAAAAAGAAGGAAAGGUAAACAAACAAACAAACAAACAAACAAACAAACAAACAAACAAACAAACAUACAUACAAACAAACAAACAAACUGUGUAGCCGUGACUGAAGGAGAAGCAAAGGACGAGUGUGAGCAACUGCGGACAGGAGACCGUUUUUGCUUUGUUUUCUUUUAACAAGUCAUUUUCUAAAGAUAUCAAAGUAGCUGCUGUGCACUGCUGACUACAUUACUGCAUCAGAUACCGAAAACAACACAGAGUAUCCACACAUAUGGAGAGUGGCAGGACUCUAAAGGCUACAGAGCAAGACCAUGAGUACACAUAACCUGUUGGGAAAUCAUAUGUGGGGAUUAAUACAGGGAUUAAACAGCUGGCCAAAAGUACCGGCAUCUGUGAAGAGAAGGUUGAGGGAGUGCUUUAUUGUGUUCAUACCUGCAUCAGAGGAGACGAGUAGUAGAAGGCUGUAAACAGAUAAAACAAUGGCCAGGUUUCAGAAGAAUACAGCUGGACAGAGAAUCAUUAUAAUUACCUGUGAAUGUGGGAUAAAUACACCAGCAACAGUUAUUUAAGAAGGAGACAACGUAGUGGACAGUACUUUUGGGAUUGUUUUAUUAACUGCUGUAAACGAAAGGAGUGCGAUUCCAGGUUCCACCAGCAGAGGUCCUCGGAGGGUGGAAUGAGAGAACUGGAAAACUUACCUGCAGUACCGACAAUAAUCUUCACGGUGCCAACGAGACAGUGAAGGACCUUUGGAAAAGAAGAGAAUUAACAAGGAAAAACAACACCAGAGUACUAAAAGUAAUUAGAUGGACUUCCAUCCCUCCUGACGUCUUCUCCGUAGAAGUUUUGAAAGUUAUCCAGAGAAGAUACAUUGAGGUCAAGAGACCUAAAGAAGAAAAGUCCAUCUGUUUAGUUUCUUUUUGUUUGUUUUCUUAUUGUAUGGCUUGGCCACACAAUAAUAUUAGUUAGGGACGCAAGAAGUGAGUUAGUGCCCCGCAGAGCGGGUUAGACUUUUAUUUUCUUUAUGAAUGUUUGUUUUGAUUUAUCCCUGUAAAUAAACCUGCCCCUUGGUGUUCAAUUUAAAAAAUGGCAUUCUGGUCUUUGAUUUGCAAGAAAAACAGUCAGGGAUCCAAAUAAUUAGAACUAACAGUUCACAAUAACAAAUACAUUUCUUUGAAAAAAAUCAGAACACAAGCUGUACGUAUGUAAUGUGAUACAUUCUAAAAGUGUUCAAUCUUUUAGAAGUGUAAAAUGACAGGCAUGUUUACAACAGAUAUUCCCAGUGUCCUAUUUUGAGGACAGUCAAGUUAGACAUGCGUGUAAUCAGACCAGUGAAACAUCAGGCUGGGUAUGAAGCUCAACACAUAAAAAUGUAGCUUUAUCAUGACUGUGGGUAGGAAAACACCAAGGAAUGGAUCAUUUUAGGCUUUAGUUUCUUAUGUUAUGUGUCAUAAAAGCAUCUGAAGGGUUAUAUUUGUGGACUUAACUUUUGUGGUUAAUAAAACUGGAGUAAGUUAUCAUAACAAUAUAGUUAAAGAGAAAAUUCAAACAACAGGUAGAUGCCAGCUAAAAGCACUCCAAAAUAUUACAAAUUAGCCUUCAUAAAAAGGACUGAACGACUGUAUUACCCCAAUUCUAUAGUGUAUAGCUGGGUUUAAUCUAGCAUCCAUAAUAAGGAAGAAAAUGUAUGACUGAGAUUCAACAGUCUAGUCCACACUUCUUAAAAAAUACAUUGCUGAUCCUAUGCUAUUUUUGUAGCUUAACACAAUUUUAAGGAGGUAACACUUAAAGAUUAGCACCAGUAAGCGCCAAGCAAGAAUGUCUGCAAAGGUAAAGUGUCAGCCACCAGAGAGCUGUGGAAUUUAAAUGAUUAAAAGAUGUCAGCAGUGAGUUUCUGAAGCUGAAAUUAAGAGCCCGGGAGAAAGGGUUUGCUAGUGCCUGGUAUUACUGAUUUAAAAAGGGACCUGUUCAAAUGAAAAAUAGGUUAGUCUUGCCCAGUGUUUUAAAAAAAGAUUACAAAUUUACAUUAUAAAAUUUAAACUUAUGAUUGAUUGGGAACAUCGCUUUAACACUUUUUUCCCGC